GAAAAAUAAAAUAAAAACUAUUUUUAUAGUCAUCUCUUGAUAUGUAAUGUUAUAUCGAUUUGUUUGUCAUCAUUGGUAUCGACUCAGUGUUUGUCUUCAACUAUUACCGCAUCACUCAAAGACAUCCAUCAGUUGAUGACAUAGUUUGCUGUGAAAAGUGCUAAACAUUUGACCGUUUAAUUGAUUUUUCUUGUUUUAAGACAAAUAUAACUAUCGAUGCAUUUGAUAGACAUUGCAAUCGACGACAACUCAAGAGCCAAACAAAAACUUUUUAUUAAUUAAGUGGUCUAUUAAUAGUUGGGAAGUCAUUGACCGAUAGAUUGAUCACUAAAAAACGGGUGAAAAUGUCGGAAACAGUACGCUUUGUAACGGCCGCUGCCAACCGAGGCAACGGCGACACCGCCGCCAACGGACAGACGGCCGAAGAGAUGCACGAAUUCAUAACAUUUCAGCGCCAACUUUCGCGGCCAACCGAUCACUACCGACCCAAACAUCUGUCCGUACCGCCCACUGCUGCAGACAAUCCAUACGCUCCGCCGCCCAAACCGGGACACACAACAGCGCACACCUAUCUGUCAAAGUUUUUGAAGGAUCCGAUCGCCACAUCGUUAAACUCAUUCAGUCGGGUCACAAAUCUGGUGACGAGUCCCACCUUUUAUGAUGAGGACUAUUUGGCCUCAUUGCCAGCUCUGCAUCUGUUGCGGCCACCGGGAAAUGCCGAACGAGUCCACCGAAAUAGUCCAACCCAUGAGUUUAGCGAACAGCCACUGAUCGACUCGAUUUCUGGCGUCACUAACUUCAAUGUUGUCAAUAAACUAUCGGACGUUCCUCUACCACCACCAGCUCUGCCAUUGAUUCCAUGUACUGAACCUCAAUGUCGUCUCUCACCGCUAACGCCACAAGACUUGUUUGACGACAACUGUCCUUUGCUUACUGUCGAUCAACUUCUGGAACGAAUUUUUCGAGGCGGUUUAAGUGAUAAUGAGUUUCGUCAGCGAUUGUGGCCAUUGGUAUUGGGUUUGACCGAUAGUGUUGACGAGUUUGACUGGACUCAACUUUCCGAUCUGUUCGAGAUAUACAACACUCAAUGGAAUGCUAUACUUCCCGACCAGGAGUUAAGAUUUACGGCAUAUCGCGAAAGAAAAUCAUUAAUCGAAAGGGAUGUAAUUCGUUGUGAUCGCACCCACCAGUUUUAUAAGGGAACGUCCGAUAAUUUGGAAAAGUUGAAGGCCUUAUUGCUGACCUACACUAUGUAUGACUUUGACACUGGCUAUGUUCAGGGUAUGUCUGAUUUGGCGUCGCCUUUGCUGUAUGUAAUGGACGGCGACGUUAUGAAAGCCUUUUGGUGUUUCGUACGAGUCAUGAAAUUAAUUGGAACUAAUUUCGAGAUGUCUCAGUCGUCGAUCAAAUUUCAAUUAGAAAUGUUAUGGAAAUUAAUUGAAUUGACUGAUCCCUGUUUUGCACAAUACUUAGCAAAUAAAGAUUCGACUAAUUGUUAUUUCGCUUUCCGAUGGAUUGUCUGCCAAUUUAAGAGAGAGUUUAUGAAAACAGAAAACGAUGGCUACGAUGACUGUCUGACACUAUGGGAGAGCAUAUGGUCGGCGCAUAUAAUGAGAAAGUUGACCACAAAAUCCGAUACAGAGCUAAUAGACUGCACCACCGAUAGUAGUACACAAUUAUUGUCAGCAGCAGCAGCUGGUGAGGAUACCAGUGCUACAAACACUGCGACCACUACUUCACCAGCAGCUAGAGUGCCGAAACCAUUGGGCAGUCAUGAAAAGAUCAAUAAGAGUCUGAGUACGGGUGCGCUCGACUCGAAUCCUAUAGAAGUACCGGACGUAAAGUUUCGUAACGGAUCUCACGCCCGGUCACGCAGUUUUCGCGUGAAACCCGAUCGCAGCGACGGCCCACCAAAAACACCGACAAAGAAGGAGAGCAACAAUGACUGGGCAUUCAAAGCACCCGAAAAACAUCUGACGGACGCCGAGCUCUACUCACUAGCGAUAUGCCUGUCAAUCAUCAGAAGGGAAAGGGAUAUAAUAAUGGCUCAACAAUUGGACGCAACUGACAUCUUAAAGCACUUCAAUACACUGCAACUGAACAGUGAAUUGGAGAAUAUAUUACUACACGCGUCGCACAUCUGGUAUUGGCUGACCCACGACUCGGGCGAAUCGCUUCUAUAUAAACAAUCGGAACAACCGGUCAAUGAGGCCAACGACGACUUUGACCUCUUGCCUGACUCACUGCCCGAUGUCGACGACUACUUCAUAAUCAAUGCAUCGAAUAUCUGAUUGCCUGACAAUCCGAAAGUUUAAACAAAUUUUUAUUUAAUAUAUAUAUUAUUUUGUUGUUAAUAAAA